UACUUCAAAAAUCCCUUCCCCUUUUCCUCACCAAAAUUCCUAAAUCCUCACUCCGCUCUCAUCAAAAUCACAGCCAUGGUCGGCGUUUUCCGGCGAUCCUUCUCUUUUCCAAACAAGUCUCCGCCCAAGCCCGCCCUCUCUCAUCACGUCCGUUCCAUCAGUCUCCCCUGUAGAUCGCACCCCUUGAUUUUUCAACUCAAGGAUGAGAUCGCCAAUCUCAAAUCCUGGUCGCUUAGUUUGGAUUCCCGAACCGCCGCCUGGAUAUGCGACGGCCUGAACCGCCUCAAAACCGUCCACAACCAUCUCGACGACGUUCUCAACCUCCCCCAGACUCAAGAAUCUCUCCGCCACCAGCCGCACUGGAUCAAUAAGCUUCUCGAACAUUUCUUAACCUUCGUCGAUGUUUACGGAAUCUUCCAGACUUUGAUUCUCACGCUCAAAGAAGAGCACUCCGCCGCGCAGGCCGCGAUGAGGAGAAAGGACGAAGAGAAGAUCGCUUUAUAUGUUAAAGCUAGGAAGAGACUAGCUAGGCAAAUGGCGAAGCUGGUUUCGACCUUACAGAAGAAAAUCAAAACGGCGGAACAAGGCACCGCCGCCGCCGAUCUUGCCUCCGUGAUCGAAGAAGUCGUCGGGGUGACGACGGCGGUUUCUCUCGCGCUACUCAACGGAAUCGCAGAAUCGUUCUCGACUAGGAAGCCAUGGACGUGGACAGGAUUGGAUCGCCUUUCAAAGAAAUCAGCGGAGGAGGAGAAAGGGAUUCGAGAGUUCAGAGACAUCGGAUCUGAGAAAUUGAGAGAAUUGAAGAAGAAAGGAAAAGAAGAAACGGAAAAGGCGAUGAAGAAGAUGAGAGAUUCAGAGGAUUGGUUUAGCGACAUUGAAACUCGAAGCCAGAAGGUAUUCAGAAGUUUGAUCAGUGCCAGAGUUUCGCUGCUAAACGCUCUGUCACAGCAACAAGCAUCGGAAAAAUAAGGGAAUUUUUUAUACACCAAAUUACUAUACUAAUUAAAUAUCCACAUGAUUUUAUCGAGGAAAACGAGAGAUUGAAAAAAAAAAAAAA